GGGGCCGCGUUUGAAUCCGGCAGCGCCCGCACCGCUCUCCCGGUCCCCUCCGCACCGGCCCCGCCAUGAGCGCGGCGGGAGGAAAAACGUCGAAACCCACGGAACCCCCGCCUCCGCCAUCGUCACGGGUGGGCACGGCGGUGGCUUUGGUGGCCAAAGAGGUCCCGAAGGUUCUGUUGGACCCGCGGACCCGGCGGAGCUACGUCCGCGGGAGGUCUGGGAAAGGGGGUUUCGCUCGGUGCUACGAGCUGGCGGAGGCGGAGAGCCGCGAGGUUUACGCCGGGAAGGUGGUGCCCAAAUCGCUGCUAGUGAAGCCCCACCAGAAGGAGAAGAUGUCGAUGGAGAUCGCCAUCCACCGCAGCCUGGCGCACCGACACGUCGUUGGCUUCCAGGGCUUCUUCGAGGACUCCGAUUUCGUCUACGUCGUCCUAGAGCUCUGCCGCCGCAGGUCGCUGCUGGAGCUGCACAAGCGUCGCAAGGCGCUGAGCGAGCCCGAGGUUCGGUACUACCUGCGCCAGACCAUCCUGGGCUGCCAGUACCUCCACAGCCACCGGGUCAUCCACCGGGACCUCAAGCUGGGAAACCUCUUCCUCAGCGACGACAUGGAGGUGAAGAUCGGUGACUUCGGCCUGGCCACCAAGGUGGAGUACGAGGGUGAACGCAAGAAGACCCUGUGUGGGACCCCCAACUACAUUGCCCCUGAGGUGCUGGGCAAGAAGGGGCACAGCUUCGAGGUGGACAUCUGGUCCAUUGGCUGCAUCAUGUACACUCUGCUGGUGGGGAAACCACCUUUUGAAACCUCUUGUCUAAAAGAGACCUACAUCCGAAUCAAGAAGAAUGAGUACACGAUUCCCAAGCACAUCAACCCUGUAGCUGCUAACCUCAUCCAGAAGAUGCUGAGGUCUGACCCUGCUACCCGCCCGACGAUUGACGAGUUGCUGAGUGAUGAGUUCUUCACCUCAGGGUACAUCCCCAGCCGCCUGCCCACCAGCUGCCUCACCGUGGCCCCUAGGUUCUCCCUGGCUCCCAGCGGGAUGGAGAUGAACGGGCGGAAACCCCUGAUUGCACUCAACAAAGCACCAGACAGCCCCGCGCUGGAGAAGUUGCCUGACAAAGAAGAUGUGGCUGGGCAGGAGCUGAGGGAUGCUGUUGACUGUCAUUUAGCUGACAUGCUGGAGCAGCUGACUGCAGUCAACUCAGCCAAGCCUUCUGAGAGAGUACCAGUGAGACAAGAAGAAGCUGAAGACCCAGCCUGCAUUCCCAUCUUCUGGGUUAGCAAAUGGGUGGACUACUCAGAUAAAUAUGGCCUAGGUUACCAGCUGUGUGACAACAGUGUUGGAGUUCUCUUUAAUGACUCCACUCGUCUUAUUAUGUACAAUGAUGGGGACAGCCUGCAGUACAUCGAGCAGAACAACACAGAGUCCUACUUCACUGUGAGGUCCUAUCCCUCUGCCUUGAACAAGAAGAUAACACUAUUGAAAUAUUUCCGGAACUACAUGAGUGAGCACUUGCUGAAGGCAGGUGCCAACAUCACUCCCCGGGAAGGUGACGAGCUGGCCCGGCUGCCCUACCUCUGCACCUGGUUCCGGACCCGCAGUGCCAUCAUCCUGCACCUCAGCAACGGCACCGUGCAGAUCAACUUCUUCCAGGACCACACCAAGGUCAUCCUGUGCCCUCUCAUGGCUGCUGUUACCUACAUCGAUGAGAAACGGGACUUCCGCACCUACAAGCUGAGCCUGAUCGAGGAGCACGGCUGCUGCAAGGAACUCUCCAGCCGCCUGCGCUAUGCCCGCACCAUGGUGGAGAAACUCCUCACUUCCAAGUCUGGCUCAGCCCGGGGGAAAUCGUCUGCUUAGGCCUUGGUUUUCCAUGGACUCCACACCUGUGCCAAACUGUCCUGGCUGUGGCUGGGGAGGUCUCUCUCUCAGCAGCCCUGCUGAGACCAUCAGGGCUGGUUCCCACUCCUGGCUCGGGUCUGGUUGCCUUCCAGGAAGCCCUGAUGCUGUGGAAUGGUGUGUUCACUGACUGAUAUCCAAAGGUUUCUUGCUCCUGUUCCUAAUAGAAAGUCUAUUUUUUAAAUUGCAUAUCCAGUCUUUUUUUUUUUUCACUAACUUCCAACAGCCUGACUCAAAACCCAACCCUCUUGUUUGAGGCUCCUGGGCCUUCUCUUGAGAGAACGAAGCAUGGGAGAGAGCAGAACUAUCAAUGUAAGUUAUUUGUACAUGGCUGUGCUCGUGCUCUAGGCUUUUGUUUCUCUUGUAGAAAUUCAAGGUAAGAUAUUUAACAUGCCCAAGGGUGAGCAAUCAGCCUUUUAAUACUGAAAGUGACCUACAUGAAACC